GCGGCCGCCGCCGCCGCCGCCGCCCGGGCUGGCGCGCUGACACUGCUGCAUUCGCGGGGUUCAAGGCGCCUCGGAUCCGGGCCUUUAUUUCUCGUCUGCAGCGCCCAGCACCGCGCCUCCAAAAGCUAAACCUCAGAGCACCCUAGAAAGCUUAACUAAAAGAAUGCUCAUGUUUGACCCGGUCCCUGUCAAGCAAGAGGUCAUGGACUCCGUGUCGGUGUCCUACCCGUCUAAUUACAUGGAGCCGAUGAAGCCCAACAAGUACGGAGUCAUCUACUCGACGCCGCUACCGGAUAAGUUCUUCCAGACGCCCGAGGGCCUGUCGCACGGGAUGCAGAUGGAGCCGGUGGACCUGACGGUGAACAAGCGCAGCUCGCCGCCCUCGGCGGGAAACUCGCCGUCGUCGCUGAAGUUCCAGCCGUCGCACCGGAGGGCCUCGCCCGGCCUGAGCUUGCCCUCCUCCAGCCCGCCCGUGAAGAAGUACUCGCCGCCCCCCGCGGGCGUGCAGCCCUUCGGGGUGCCGCUGUCCAUGCCCCCGGUGAUGGCCGCGGCCCUGUCCCGGCACGGCAUCCGCAGCCCCGGGAUACUGCCCGUCAUCCAGCCCGUCGUGGUGCAGCCGGUCCCCUUCAUGUACACCAGCCACCUCCAGCAGCCGCUCAUGGUCUCCCUGUCGGAGGAGAUGGAGAACUCCAACAGCAGCAUGCAAGUACCUGUAAUUGAAUCAUAUGAGAAGCCUAUAUUACAGAAAAAAAUUAAAAUAGAACCUGGGAUUGAACCACAGAGGACAGAUUAUUAUCCUGAAGAAAUGUCACCCCCUUUAAUGAACUCAGUGUCCCCCCCGCAAGCACUGUUGCAAGAGAAUCAUCCAUCAGUCAUAGUACAACCAGGGAAGAGACCUUUGCCUGUGGAGUCCCCGGACACCCAGCGGAAACGAAGGAUACACAGAUGUGACUAUGACGGAUGCAACAAGGUGUACACUAAAAGCUCUCACCUGAAAGCGCACAGAAGAACACACACAGGAGAAAAGCCCUACAAAUGUACAUGGGAAGGAUGCACAUGGAAGUUUGCUCGGUCCGAUGAACUAACAAGACAUUUCCGAAAACAUACUGGAAUCAAACCUUUCCAGUGUCCAGACUGUGACCGCAGCUUCUCCCGUUCUGACCACCUUGCCCUGCAUAGGAAACGCCACAUGCUAGUUUGAAUGCCUCCGUCCCCCACCUCAGCCUGGCUCCCCACUCUUCCCGGCUCUCUCUCUGUCCUCCCACCCAUUAUCUAACUCAUUUUUUACAUGUACAUUUUAAUUUUGGUUCAGCUGGUCUGAAUCUCUGAAUUUAUAUCAUUCAAACUUCCAUAUGGUCAGUAGUAGACGUUCUCUAAUCCUCCUCUCCUUACCACGGGUCAGACCUAAAGAAUGUGAACACUUUUUUUUUUUUUUUUUUUUCCGGGGAUGCUAAGCAAACCCUUCUUACAGAUACGUUUAAUGUAAUGAGAACAAGGGAACAUGUAAACUUCAAAUAACCAAUUGUCAGUUUCUCCAUGUAUUUCUCAAAAGAAUGUCAAAGUAAAUGUAUUAGAAAUACAGUAUCCAGCCUGCUAGUCCUUGCCAGGGACGUUCAUACCUCUGUGCCCAGUGAUCGUAUUUUGUGCUCGCCAGCAAAAAGGGUGGACACCCUUUCACAGCCUAGUUAGAGGUGCAGCAAGAUUUCAGGUAGGACCGUCCACUCUUCCAUUGCCCUUCACAGAUCCUGCUUGUCAACUUGGAUUUCCCACAUUAUCUAAAUUAAGUCCUUUACACUCCUUUGUGGCUGCAGCUGACAAGAAGGUCUCAGCCACCACUGGAGCUGAGCCAGAGCUGCUGAUUCAGGCAGGUGAGGUGUGUCACUUAAGGGCUGGAUGCUCUAUCUGUCUAGCAUGGAGUCAGAACAAAGGGGCACUGCGCAGGGGAGAAGCGGCAGGGGCCGAGGAGGAAGCUGGCCCUUCCUCCUGGGCUAGGGCUCUUUGGUGAGGUUUCAGUUUGUUUGGUUAGCUAUGCAGUGCAUUCCCAGAGCUCCAGGCUCUUGUGUUCCGACUGUUCAGAACCAUACAGCAAAGCCGAAAACUGACAGUUAUCCAUGUACCUGUCACUAUUCCUCCAAUGUCCUUAAUGUGAGUCAUCAAGCGUUGAUUGUAGGGACACCACAAAAAUAUUUGCCCAGUAAUCGUUUAAAAAAAAAAAGAAAGAAAUCUUUUGGGUAAGAAUCUGGAUGGUCCUUUUUUCCCCAACCUACUUAACAGCUUUUUUUUUUUUUUUUUCAAACGGGGACACGUUGAGUGGUAAUUGUAUUCCCGUAUCAAAUUAAUCAUACAGCUUUUAUACAGAAACUCUUCCGAGUGAACUGUAAGGUGCCAAGUUGGCUGUCAAUUGUGUCUGUGAUACAUACCAUAAAUAAGUAUCUGCUAAUGCUUUAGUAGAUGCAUUCAAUUUAAGACCUGAGUGACACUAUUUGUAAAUACAACUAGUUGUGAAGCACACAUACCUUCAUUUGGGGGAAAGAUUUCUGAAAAAUACGAAAACCACAGUUCAGGGAUUCAUAUGUUUAUAGCUCAAUCUCCCCAACAUCUACUGCUAAAGAGCUGGAAAUUUAUCACUCUCAAUUAUCCCAUCAGAAGAAGCUGAAAAUGACUCGUGUUUAUGUUAAAAAUAAAUAGCGUCAUUAUUUGGGGGAAGUUUUUUUUUUUUUUUUUUUCCCAAAAGCUGGCUUUUGAGCACCAUAGUCUAAAUGCCAAUAAAAAUAAUUCAUGCAUAGAAAUGUCAUUGGUCCUAAGUUUGAAGACAGUGGGCGACGGUGGUCAAAUGUAGGUGCAUAUCACCAAAUGCGCCUUCAUCCCUCAAUAAAGGAUGGAAGAGAAGAGAAGAGUGGAAUCCUGACGAUUCAUCCCAGCCACAACUCAGGAUCCAGCACAACCUUACUGGGAGGAGCACAUUGUUCAAUUGUUUUUAAAACAUCAGUGAAUGAGUGAUUCUGGAGGCCUGUGUAUCAUGUGGGGAGCUUACUUUGAUGACGCUAUGUUAAUAAAAGUUAGUUGUAGGGACUGUGCACCUAAGAGAUCCCACUCAGCCCUCUGAACCAGCUGAAAGGAAAUGUAGUUGAGAAAUGCAAAGUGAUUUGUUAUCUUCUUGGCACUUGGUUUUGAUUUUUUUUUUUUUUUUGUAAGCACUGCGAAAUUUAGAAUAUUAAAAUCUCCUAAUUGGGCUUUUUUUUCUGUUUGUGUUUUUGCAACUAUGACAUGAUUUGAGGGAUAAAGUAGGUAUUGUCCGUACUGUAAAUGCUCAGUCACAUUUAUGCCAAAGUGUUUAUUUCUAGAAGUGAUUCUUUUAUGACACACUGAAGAAUCGAGUUGAAAUGCAAGGAGAUGGAGAUGACCUGUGUAUGUGUUCCAACCCAUAUAGAAGGUAGGAAAAAAGGCAAGAAAGGGUAGAAUUGAUCAUCUUUGCAUAAUUAGCUUUGAGUGUGAGUCCAGUUGAUAGAAAGCUUUGUAGGUUCUCAUGAAAUUUGAUGUGUUAUGCAUAUUUAAAUUUUGUUCAAAAGAGCAAGCAAGACCCUGCAAAGACUUACAUUACUCUUCAGCUUACUUAGGUUAUGUUAACAGUUCAUUAACAAAGAUACAUUUUAACUCUGAAAGAAAAGCAACCCAGAGAGGCCAUUCUCUGUUCCCAUUCUGGUCUGUAUACUUUAGUUACCAAUUGGCUCUUAACCAAAUUUUCCUUUUUUAUAUAUAUUUGUAUUUUACUAUGAUAGUUGAGAAAUUUAGUCUCUUAGACAUUUUUAGGUGUUAAUUGUGGAAGACCUCAAAUACAAGAUAAGAUGCCCGUGAACAUGUGGUUUUAAUGAUGUGCCAUAUUGCUAUGGUGGUUUUAAUUGCAAUAUUUUACAUUGAUGAGAAUGAUUUGUAAACAUGAAGUUAGUGUUGUAUAAAUUUUUUUAUAGAGUUUCUUUUUAUUGUCCAAGUGUCAUCUUGGGGAAGUCAGAAAAAUUAAGGCUGGAUCCAUCAUAUUUUAGAGUUCUAAAAUGUGAAUCUACAUCAUAAAUGGGCAUUAACAUUCUAAAUCAUCUGGUAUGGAGAACAUGUUAGCAGCAUAGCUAUGUUCAACUAAGGAAAUGCUAAAUACAUGGAAGUUUCAAGAGCCUUGGAACAGAUUUAUAGGGGAACUAUAGAUGUAAAUGUAUAUUUUAUUAAACACCCAUCUGCACUAUCAGUGUUGCACUAAUGUGGAAUUUGAAAGACUUUAUUGCUGAUACUAUAUGUCUGCACGUCAUUCCUGAUUAGAUUGUUUUAAAGACAAUCUCAAAGAUGUAAGGUUUUAAAAUAAUUUGGUUAGAAAAUACACAGUCAUCUUGAAGGAAUUGCUGUUAUACAUGAAGUUGCUCAGAGUUGUCUUUAUUCUCUUCUUGGUCGAGGUUAACAAGUUCUAAAUGAUCGCAAAUUCACUUAAUACAUUUACAAAGCCAUUUUACAUGCAUUAAACGAGGGCUACAACAAUACUAUGUUUUACAAAUACUAGCACUUUUUUUUUUUUUUUGCUGUUAUGUACUUAGUGUUAGAGGGUCAAAAUAAUCUUUCUGCUUAGCAUCUCUUAAACCAUACCUGCAAGUAUAGCAGGAUUAUUACAUUUACAAUACUUUAAUACUUGUAUAAACUAUGCAGAAAUUUUUAAUAAAGUGUAAUAUAUUUUAUAAGCUAAUAAGACUGAAUGGGUAAAGGUUUUUAGCAUGCAUUAGUAUACUUGCAAAUACUGAAACAUUUUGGUAAUCUUUCUUACUAAAGAUGUGAAUGUUUAAUGUACCUUCUCUGUUUCUACUCUGUAGUCCAAUGGGAAUUCAGUAAUGACAUUUUGUCAUGUCAAACUGUGAACAUAAAUUUGUACUGUACAGUCCUCAUAUACUAUAUACAGUAUGCAAUAUAUGUAUUAUAUACUUGUUAAUAAAACCAUCAGAAUAUUAA